AUGGCUCAUCCGCCCUUGCCUGGGGCCAAUGGGGAGGAUAAUUUCGAUCAGGGUGGCGAUGUCCGCGAGGUCCCUAGCAACGUCUCCAAACCGACAAAACGACAAAGAUGGGCAACCACACGAGCCCCUGGAGCCGGAGGAAUCAAGAAACGGGUUUCAAUUAUAGAUCGGUUUCACAAGAAGUCCGAUUUCAAGGACGAAAAGCGGAAAUCCAAUAACACCAGUGCUUCGACCACAAAUGGAUCAACGGACGGCACCGAGGCCCCAGAAUCAGGGCCGAAUCGGAGGGUUUACUUCAGCAUCCCAAUUCCCGAAUCCGAGCGUGAUGAAGAAGGUCAAUUGAACAUCGCGUAUCCCAGAAACAAAAUCCGAACCGCCAAAUAUACAGCCCUCACGUUCGUUCCCUACAACGUGUGGCUGCAAUUCCACAACAUUGCGAACAUUUAUUUCCUUUUCGUCAUUAUUCUUAAUUGCUUCUCGAUCUUCGGUGCCAACAACCCCGGACUGAACGCCGUGCCUCUAAUUGUUAUCAUCGUUGUUACUGCUAUCAAGGAUGCCAUCGAAGAUUGGGGCCGAACGGUUUCCGACAACCAAGUCAACAACUCUCCCGUCUACCGACUGGUCGAAUGGAACAAUGUCAACUCGACGGAGGAUAACAUUGAUCUCUGGCGCCGUAUCAAGAAAGCCUGCACCCGAGGUGCUGUUUCCUCCUACAAGUGGAUCGCCACUCAGUUCAAAAAGAAAAAGCAGGGCGGAGUGGACGACGACGGACAGAGACGCGAGUCAUUCGUGAGCGCGGCGGAUCAUCGGGCCUCCAUCUACACGCAGCGAGAUUCAAUGGCAGCCGAUGUUGCGAUUCCAAUGACCGACGUCCCAUCACCUCAGCCUGAAGCUCGCGAAGAUUGGCCAAUUGGGGCCACCCAGGAAAACAAGUACCUGUCCCCGAACAGUGCCGCUCGCGAGAGUGUAAUGGAACCUCUUCCGGAUAAGAAACAUGGCUCCGUCUUGGACACCGCAAAGCAAACACCCGGGAAAGCCAGAUUCAAGCGAGAGGCUUGGAAGAAUUUGCAAGUGGGCGACUUUGUUCGUUUGUACAACGAGGAUCCCAUUCCCGCCGAUGUUGUGAUUCUUUCCACUUCCGACCCUGAUGGUGCUUGUUAUGUCGAGACAAAGGGUCUGGAUGGAGAGACCAACCUCAAGGUUCGUCAAGCUCUGCACUGUGGACGCCAGGUACGACACGCCAGAGAUUGCGAAAAGGCCGAGUUUGUUAUUGAAAGUGAAGCGCCCCACGCCAACUUGUAUGCCUACAAUGGUGCUGUCCGCUGGGACCAGCGUGACCCCCGUUUCCCAGAGGCGCCGCGGAAGGAGAUGGUUGAACCAAUUUCCAUCAACAACAUCUUGCUCCGUGGUUGCAACCUCAAAAGUACCGAGUGGGUUCUGGGUGUCGUCCUAUUCACUGGUGGAGAGAGCAAGAUCAUGCUCAAUUCCGGUGCCACCCCUGCGAAACGUCCUCGCAUGGCCAAGGAUCUCAAUUGGAACGUCAUCUACAACUUCAUUAUUCUCUUCUUGAUGUGCCUUGUUUCCGGUAUCGUGAACGGAAUCGCAUGGGGCACCCCAAACAAAUCUCUCGAGUAUUUCGACUUGAAGUCUUAUGGAGGCACGCCACCUGUUACGGGUAUCGUUACUUUCUGGACCGCUAUCAUCUUGUUCCAGAACUUGGUUCCCAUCUCGCUGUACAUUUCUCUCGAAAUCGUGCGAACCAUUCAGGCUGUGUUCAUCCACAGUGAUCUUCACAUGUACUACGCGAAAUUGGGGAUCUAUUGUGUCCCCAAGUCUUGGAACAUUUCGGAUGACGUCGGUCAGGUGGAGUACAUCUUCUCAGACAAAACUGGUACAUUGACACAAAACGUGAUGGAGUUCAAGAAAUGUACGGUCAACGGAGUGUCUUACGGCGAGGCGUACACAGAGGCACAGAUCGGUAUGAGGCGUCGCGAGGGAGCCGACGCCGAUGCCGAAGCCGCUGAAGCUCGACAGCAAAUCGCCGCUGACGCGCAACGAAUGCUGGGAAUGUUGCGGGCCACUCACGAUAACCCCUACCUGCACGAUGAGCAGUUGACAUUCGUUGCACCCGAUUUCGUGGCCGAUAUGGGAGGCAAAUCCGGAGAGGAACAGAAGCGCUCAGCCGAGGACUUCAUGUUGACGCUAGCUUUGUGUCAUACCGUUAUCACCGAACACACUCCAGGUGACCCCCCUCAAAUUGAGUUCAAAGCCCAAUCCCCCGAUGAGGCUGCUCUGGUCAGUACUGCUCGUGAUUGUGGAUUUACUGUUCUGGGCCGAGCCGGUGAUGAUUUGCUUUUGAACAUCAUGGGCGAGGAACGGACCUACACUGUAUUGAACACUCUCGAAUUCAACUCGUCCAGAAAACGAAUGAGUGCCAUCAUUCGAAUGCCGGAUGGUACCAUUCGUCUCUUCUGCAAGGGUGCAGACAGCAUCAUUUACUCUCGCCUAGCGCGUGGCAAGCAGCAAGAGCUUCGUCGGAAGACCGCUGAACACUUGGAGGAGUUCGCCAGAGAAGGACUGCGAACUUUGUGUGUUGCUGAUCGACUCCUCAGUGAGGAAGAGUAUCAGUCCUGGGUCAAAGAUCACGACGUCGCUGCUGCUGCCAUUACAGACCGUGAGGAGAAACUUGAAAAGGUCUCAAGUGAGAUUGAACAAGAACUUAUGCUCAUUGGUGGAACUGCUAUUGAAGAUCGACUUCAAGACGGCGUGCCGGAUACAAUCCAACUUCUUGCGGACGCUGGUAUCAAACUUUGGGUCCUCACUGGUGAUAAGGUUGAGACUGCCAUCAACAUUGGCUUCUCUUGCAACUUGCUCAACAACAACAUGGAGUUGAUUGUCCUCAACAUCCCUGAAACUGAGCCCAAACGAGCCUCUGAUGAACUCGACAAACAUUUGCAAACUUUCGGGUUGACUGGUUCUGACGAGGAGCUUAUUGCUGCUCGUUCCGACCACAGCCCUCCGGAGGCCACCCACGCCGUGGUUGUGGACGGUGAAACUCUCAAGCUGAUGCUCCACGACGACUUGAAACAAAAGUUCCUUCUUCUCUGCAAGCAGUGCAAGGCUGUUCUUUGCUGCCGAGUCAGUCCAGCGCAGAAAGCUGCCGUUGUUAACAUGGUCAAGACUGGUCUCAACAUCAUGGCGCUGUCUGUUGGUGACGGUGCUAAUGAUGUCGCCAUGAUUCAGGAGGCCGAUGUGGGUGUUGGUAUCGCUGGUGAGGAAGGUCGACAAGCAGUCAUGUCUUCGGAUUACGCUAUCGGUCAAUUCCGUUACCUCCAGCGCCUUCUUUUGGUCCAUGGCAGAUGGUCUUACCGUCGUCUCGGAGAGUGUACUGCCAACUUCUUCUACAAGAAUCUUGUGUGGACAUUCGCUCUUUUCUGGUAUUGUAUCUACAACGACUUCGAUUGUUCUUACCUCUUCGAUUACACAUACAUUAUCUUGGUCAACCUUGCCUUUACUUCUUUGCCCGUGAUCUUCAUGGGUAUCUUCGACCAAGAUGUGGAUGACAAGGUGUCCUUGGUUGUGCCUCAGUUGUACAUGAGAGGUAUCGAGCGCAAGGAAUGGUCGCAAACUAAGUUCUGGUUGUACAUGGCCGAUGGAUUGUACCAGUCGAUCAUCUGUUUCUUCAUGCCUUACCUUCUCUAUGCUCCCGCAAACUUUGCCAACGCAACUGGCCGGAACAUCAACGAUCGUGCCCGAAUGGGUAUUCUCGUUGCUUCGUGUGCCGUGAUUGCUAGCAACCUCUACAUUAUGAUGAACACCUAUAGAUGGGAUUGGUUCACUGCUCUGAUCAACGCCAUCAGUAGUCUGUUGAUUUACCUGUGGACUGGUAUCUACACGUCUUUUGUUUCCUCCGGCCAGUUCUACCACGGUGCGGCUGAAGUUUAUGGAUCAUUGAGUUACUGGGUCGUGCUUCUACUGACUGUGUUGAUUUGCUUGCUCCCACGGUUCACCUACAACGCCAUCCAGAAAGUGUUCUUCCCUCUGGAUGUCGACAUCAUUCGUGAGCAGGUGACUCAGGGCAAGUUCAAGUAUCUCGAUGCUAUUGAAGAUCCCCCCAUGCCCCCAAAAGAGGGAAAAGACGGCAAUUUGAAGCCAACUACUUCUAGCGACGACUCUGCCGCCUCUUCGGAAAUCACCAAGCCAGUUCAGCCGAUGAUGAAGCAAGAUGCUGUUGUGCCCGAUGAAGAACGGCCCUUCUACGCUCCGUCCAUGGCACCCACUGCGAACACGCACAACCCUCGCAGUCAAAAUGGCAGCAAUGGCACAAAUUACACGGCCAGUCUUGACCAAUAUCCACGGCCGCAAUCCGUGGACUAUGUUCGACGAUCCCACGACCGGACACGGCAUUCUUUCGAGCGGAGUCGACCAAGCUUCGAGCAGAGCAACGACUUCACAUCCGCAGCUAUGCUCUCCCGAGUAGAGUCAUCGCAGACUCCCCAGCGUCAGCACGAAGACCCGUUCCGAACCCCCGAUGAUCCUCCUGCACAUAAUAUGAUUUAG